UAGCGCUUCCUUCUCCCUGAACCAGUUCCGGUGUUGCGUUUCCGUCACAUCGUCCAUUUUCACAUAAUCGCACAUGGUGCCGCGCCGGUCGAGGACCGUCAGCCUCUUAGUUUUGGGGAUUCUGCUCUGUAGUGGCGAGAAAACCGUCUCGUAGUACCUGAUAAAUGCAAGAUACGGUGGAUAUGGUGGACGACCCCGAGUAUGACGAGGAGGAGCCUUCCUUCAGCGACCCGGAGGACUUUGAGGAUGAUAUCGAAGACGAGGAGUUCUUGGAAGACAUCCUGAGAGAGAAGCCCCAGGAGGCUGACGGGAUAGACUCGGUGGUGGUGGUUGACAACGUCCCUCAGGUUGGCCCAGAGCGUUUGGAGAAACUCAAGAAUGUCAUACACAAGAUUUUCUCCAAGUUUGGCAAGAUCACCAACGAGUUCUAUCCUGAUGCUGAUGGCUUGACCAAAGGGUACAUCUUCUUGGAGUAUGGUGGUCCUACCCAGGCCCUCGAGGCGGUAAAGAACGCAGAUGGAUACAAACUCGACAAACAGCAUACAUUCAGGGUCAACCUCUUCACUGACUUUGACAAGUACAUGAACAUCAGUGAUGAGUGGGAAACUCCAGAGAAGCAGCCAUUCAAAGAUUUUGGUAAUAUGCGCCAUUGGAUUGAGGACGCAGACUGUCGUGACCAGUACAGUGUGAUCUACGAAGCCGGAGAGAGGACCGCCAUUUUCGCAAACGAUGCUAAGGAGCCAAUCACAUCGGAAGAGAGAGCACGCUGGACAGAGACGUAUGUCCGCUGGUCUCCAAAAGGCACCUACCUGGCCACCUUCCACCAACGUGGCAUUGCAUUGUGGGGCGGCGAGAAGUUCAAACAGAUUCAGAGGUUCAGCCAUCAGGGAGUGUCCCUCAUCGACUUCUCACCAUGUGAGAGGUAUGUGGUGACUUUCAGUCCGCUGAUGGACACCAAGGAGGACCCACAGGCCAUCAUCAUCUGGGACAUUCUAACCGGACAGAAGAAGAGAGGUUUCCAUUGCGAGAGCUCUGCACACUGGCCCAUAUUCAAAUGGAGCCACGAUGGGAAGUUCUUUGCCAGGAUGACCACAGACACGCUGAGCAUCUAUGAGACUCCAUCUAUGGGCUUGCUUGACAAGAAGAGUCUCAAGAUUACCGGAAUCAAGGACUUCUCAUGGUCUCCUGGUGACAACAUCAUAGCGUUCUGGGUCCCUGAGGACAAAGAUAUCCCAGCCAGAGUGACUCUGAUGCAGUUGCCUUCCCGUCAGGAGAUCCGUGUCCGCAACCUCUUCAAUGUUGUCGACUGCAAACUGCACUGGCAGAGAAAUGGGGAUUACCUGUGUGUGAAAGUGGACAGGACUCCUAAAGGAACACAGGGCGUGGUCACCAACUUUGAAAUCUUCCGCAUGAGAGAGAAGCAGGUUCCUGUUGAUGUGGUUGAGAUGAAGGAAGGCAUCAUAGCGUUUGCAUGGGAACCCAACGGCAGCAAGUUUGCUGUUCUCCACGGAGAGUCUCCCAGAAUCAACGUCUCCUUCUAUCAUGUCAAAAACAACGGCAAGAUCGAGCUCAUAAAGAUGUUUGACAAGCAGCAGGCCAACAGCAUCUUCUGGAGCCCCCAGGGACAGUUCUUGGUACUGGCAGGUCUCAGGAGUAUGAAUGGAGCUCUCGCCUUUGUAGACACGUCAGACUGCACCAUGAUGAACAUAGCAGAACACUACAUGGCCUCCGACGUAGAAUGGGACCCGACUGGCCGCUAUGUCGUCACCUCCGUCUCCUGGUGGAGCCACAAGGUGGACAACGCCUACUGGCUGUGGACUUUCCAGGGCCGUCUGCUUCAGAAGAACAACAAGGACCGCUUCUGUCAGCUGCUCUGGAGACCCAGACCUCCUACCCUGCUCAGCCAAGACCAGAUCAAGUUGAUCAAGAAGGACCUUAAGAAAUACUCAAAGAUCUUUGAGCAGAAGGAUCGUCUGAGCCAGUCCAAGGCUUCUAAGGAGCUGGUGGACAAGCGCAGGUCCAUGAUGGAGGACUACCGUCGCUACAGGGAGACAGCGCAGCAGACCUAUCAGGAACAGAAGAGUAUCCGCCUCGAGCUCAGAGGAGGAGUGGACACUGAUGAACUGGAUAGCAAUGUGGACGACUGGGAGGAGGAGACCAUUGAGUUUUUUAUCAACGAAGAAAUCAUUCCCCUUGGAGAUCUGUAGUCCCCCACGCAGGUACCACUCCCACACAGUUUGAUAUGUCAUCACGCAGUCAGUGGUUGGUCUCGUCUUUACUGCAUAUUAGGUCCUGUUUAAAGGUCAUAUUGGGGCGCCCCAUGUACAGAGGCUCAGUCCUUGACGCAGCAACCGUGGGUUCCCCCCCCUCUCCCCCCGAUUUCAAGACUUCUCAGCUAUCCUAUCGAAAAAUGCCUAAAAAAAGGCCCCAAAAAAAUCUUAAAAUUUUUUAGCCCUCAUUUACCCCUAGUUGUGUCUGAACAUGUACAUGAUUUCAGUUUGAUGUGCUCACGUUUUUGAGAUGAAAAUUCUCCAACUCUCCUAAUACAAUGGAGGUGAUUGUAUUUUAGGAUGUUGCUCAAAGAAAUGAAACGGCUGCUGCAAAUCUUAACGUCUUUCAGUAAAUGUCUCUUUAUUCAAUGGAAAUUGCAUUGUAUAACUGUUCUGUACCAACUCGUUCAGUCUUUGUACAGCUGCUGAAUUUGACGAAAAAACAGCUAUUCAACAACAUGGGGGGAAAUUAGUCACAUUCCUGUUUCUGCCUUGCAUAGUGAUUUUAGCCGUUAACAUUGACAGCCACUGUUAGACUGAAAUA